AUGACCCACACAAGCAAAAGCAUUUCAACAUUGACCGGCGAUGUUAUCAUCCGUGACAAUGACCCCGAUGAUAGCAAUCUGGAGGAUGACGAAGACCUGCAGGAUGACAAGGAGCCCGAUGGUGGUGUAUACGGACCACAGCUCUACAGUGGACAUCGCUUCAGCGACCACCCUCCGAUCCAUCGCAUCGGAAAAGUUGAACCCCCGCCUGGUACGAGCAUCGCAAAUACUACCGCUCCGAGUAUCAGAGUGGAUAGGGAGCUCGAGUUCUCCACCGCUCUUUUCUAUCGAAAGGUUAUGGGUAUUUUCGUGGUGAAGUAG